CUAGUAGAUAGCUGCUGAAUAAUUAAGGAGGUGUUACCAGCCGUGGUCGACUAAUUUUCUAACAGGAGGGACACUUUGGACAUUAUAUCAUCUCUGUGAGCGGAGCUAUUUUAGUAUCACAUGAAACAUGAAAGGGGAGACCACCCGAGGGUUCAGGUUGUGUCUGCAUCACAUGGCUCUGCUGCGGAGAUACCCUCAUCGCAGCUCGUCACUCCAAACAACCAGAUCCUUCAGUUCACUCAGGGAAGGUAAGCGCAGAGGGCUGCUGUGGAAUACACUUGUUGGCAUCUCUGUGGGUGUUCCUGUGGCGGUGGGUGUGCAGUAUGCUGUGUCCGAACCCAGAGACAGGAGGAGGAUGAAGGUUGUGAUUGAAGGAUUUGGUCGCUUCUGCAGAGCUCUCUCUGUGGGAAUCUUUAUCUCUGUGGAUUACUGGUGGACCACCAAUGUGGCUCUUCGUGGCCGUGAUGAGAGCAGCACAUCCUACGUGGCUGAGAUGUCAGCCUGCCACCAGAGGGCAGCAGAGUAUAUGGUGGACGGAGCCGUGAGGAACGGAGGGAUCUACAUCAAACUGGGCCAAGGUCUGUGUUCUUUCAACCACCUCCUGCCCCCCGAGUACAUCCGCACCCUGCAAAUACUGGAGGACAUGGCCUUGAACAGGAGGUACAAAGAGGUGGAUGCUCUCUUCCAAGAAGACUUCAACAAAACCCCAGAGCAGCUUUUUAAAACGUUUGACCAUGAACCUGUAGCUGCUGCCAGCCUGGCCCAGGUUCAUAAGGCAGAGCUGUUUGAUGGGACUCCUGUUGCUGUGAAGGUGCAGUACAUCGACCUCAGGGAUCGGUUUGACGGUGACAUCAGAACAUUGGAGAUCCUACUGGACAUUGUCAAGUUCAUGCAUCCCAGCUUUGGAUUCCGAUGGGUUCUUAAGGACUUGAAGGGCACCUUGGCUCAAGAGCUGGACUUUGAGAAUGAGGCCAGGAACUCAGAGAGGUGCGCAGAGGAGCUGAAACACUUCAGUUUUGUCGUUAUACCUAAAGUCUUCUGGGAGCAAACCAGUAAGAGAGUGUUGACAGCAGAGUUUUGCAGUGGCUGCAAAAUCAACAAUGUGGAAGAAAUUAAAAGACAAGGAUUAAGUUUGAAAGAUACUGCAGAUAAACUGAUCCGAACAUUUGCUGAGCAAAUAUUCUACACCGGUUUCAUCCAUGCCGACCCUCAUCCUGGAAAUGUUCUUGUGAGACCAGGUCCUGAUAAGAAGGCAGAGUUGGUCCUUUUGGACCACGGCUUGUACGAAUACCUCAGUCAAAGUGACAGAGUGGCCCUUUGUAAGCUGUGGAAGUCCAUAGUCCUGAGAGAUGAAGCAGCAAUGGAGAGGUACUCCAAAGCUCUCGGUGUCAAAGAGUACUUCCUCUUCUGCGAGAUGCUGCUGCAGCGUCCCAUCAACAUGCGGCAGCUGGGUCUGUCCAACAUCCUGAGUCGAGAGGACACGGCCUACAUGCGCAAAAUGGCCACCGACCGCUUCGAGAGCAUCAUGCAGGUGCUGAAGGCGAUGCCUCGGCCCAUGCUGCUCGUGUUCCGCAACAUCAACACGGUCCGAAGCAUCAACAUCGCCCUGGGAGCGCCAGUGGACCGCUACUGUGUCAUGGCCAAGAGUGCGGUGCGAGGCUGGGGGAAGAUUCAGGCAGAGAGGACAGGCGUGCUGCCCAGGCUCUGGAUCUUCCGCUGGCUGAGGACGACAUGGGAGGGCCUCAAGUUUGAACUGGCUUUGAGAUGGGAAAUUGCGUCGAUGACUGUGACGCGUUCCUUCCUGAGCCUGCUGUCGUACUUUGGUCUCAUAUCUCUGGACGCAGAGAUGUACGAGUACCUGAGGUAGUGCACCGACGCCACACUAUGAAGGAACUUACAAUAAGGACCUAUUCCACGCACAAGUUAAUGCAAUACAGCAGCAAGGAGCCUUUGGUUUCUGUAGCAGCUCCUGAUGUCACUGCUAAUAAUGGUGCUGCUCGGUGUCCACACCAAAUCAUCCAAACUUGAACCUCAGAACGAGUGAGAAUGUAUUCGACUGCAGGACUGUGAAGCACCAAACCCGCUCUAGUGUAAACUGAACCAGAACUCUGCACUCAACAGCCUUCUGUAUGUACUUCAUUAAGUUAUCAGAUAUUUUAAUAUUUACUUCUUGUUUUAGUGUAAUCUUAGGACAGAAAAUUAUUUUGAAAUUUAAAUUUUAGAUAUUUUAAGCUGCGGUUUGUUUUAAGGAAAGUGGCCACAUGUAUCUCUGUCAGACUAUGUUGACGCAGCUGUAGCGUUGUUACACCACACACAAUCAUGUAAAGCUGCAUCUCACUGGAGCGAGAGAAAAUGUUAAAAAAAAUAUAUAUUUUAAGGCAAGACACUCCAAGUGAAACCAGUUUUUUUCAUGCAUAUCAAUUUUAAGACUUUAGGCUACUUCUCUUCCGUAACACGUCUUCCUUCAGAUGAGCGGGAAAAAGUUCAAAAUGCACAUUUAGAUGUAGUUAAGGAUUCUGUUCUGGAAGUGCAUGCAAAAAGCGCAUAUUUAAUUUGAUAAUGCCACAUAUUUAAACAUAAAACUUAACCAAAAAUAAUUGUCUUUAUGCAAGUAAUCAGCUGGGGAAGUUUAUGUUAUCUAUUAGUUAAAUUGUUUACCUGUAAUGUCUUGUUUUUGUCUAAAAACGUACAGAAAUUGAGUUAAUUUCUCAGUUAUUUCUCAGUCUGAGCCAUAAAUCUCCACCCCUACAGCACGCAGAGUUUGAAUCUGACUGAACAUUUUAUCAGAUGAUGCCUCAUCUGAGUAUUUAAACAUGAAAUUGCAGUUAAAUUUUAUUUAAAAAAUAAGUGUCUUACUGUAAGUGAUCAACUGGGGAAGUUUUAUGUUACCCUAUUUAUCUGGGGUGUCUCCCCUCGCGUCCUGAUAUAUGCAGCACUUCAAGAGUAAAAAAAAAAAAAACAGCAGCUUGUUAAAGGUCCAGUGUGUAUGAUUUAAGUGGCUAUAUUGGCAAAAAUGGAACUUAAUAUUAUAAGUAUGUUUUCUUUAGUGUCUUUAGAGUUUGUCAUGUUUCUACAGUCAACCAGAACGGACAUACCAAACAUUGACUCUAGAUGGGGCAGUUCACAUUUUCAUAUCAGCCACCGUAGUGAGUAGCCCCGCUGGGACGAGUCGAACAGCAUUGGAAAAGCACAGAUUUUUAACCUGAAACUGUCUUCUGUGUUUUUAUGGAUUUAAAUCACUGGGUCUCUGCAGGUAAAUCAGCUCCUGGUAAAAACCUCCUGAACGUCUGGAUCUUAAGUCAUCAGAGAAGAAAGACGAGCACACAGUAGCAGGUGUUGGGCUAGCGCUAGCAGCAACUGAUUUUAAAGAUGAAGCUGCUUUAUUCAGUGUUUUUAUCAGUUAUAAUCACCUGAUGUGUUUGUUUUGGAGAGGAGGAGACCUCAGCAGAUAUUUUGGCUCCCAGUGAAAACCUCCAGAACAAUGAACACUGAAGAAUUCUAACCAGGAGCUCACGCUUGUCACAUGGGAGACGUUUCAGCUGGUUGCAGUCUGCAGUCCUCACUGCUAGAUGCCACUAAAUCCUACACACUGCUCCUUCCGUGUUGGAUUAACCCUUUGUGUUUAGUGUUACAUGAAUGGAAGUUAUGCUGUCUGUGUUUUGGUCCCUCCUGACUUCAGUUCAACAAUGAGUCCACUCAGGCCAAACGAACAGACCAGUGUCACCUAACCAAAUGUUUUUAAAUUAUUUUAACAAUGUUAAUAAAAUGUUCUACCUCCUUCUUUAA